CGUCAAACCUGGUAACGACAGCAUAAAAAAGAUGGGUUUUGAUUGGUUCAUUCAUUAGCGAUUUUAUUUCCUACGCAGAUACUGUGGAUAAAUAUAAAACAGUCAACGUGUUAGGAUUAUUGUAGAAUUACUCGGUGAUGAGAUUAAGAACUAGAAAAUGGCUGUGAAGAUGAUGAAUCUACUACUGAUGUUGAUUGUUGCUGUUAAUGUUCAAACCGUUUACAGUUCGAAUAGAGUUAAAGAUAUAGAUAUGUCUAUGAAGAAUAAUCUUGAAACAGAGCAAUAUUCCAAAGAAUUCCUUAAGGCACUACGUAGUCUGGAAUUGUACAUUCAACAUGAGUCUAAUAAACUUGAUCACUUAAACGAUGGUGAGACAGAUAUACAGGAGAAUGAUACAAUCGAAAAUCAGAAAAGACCAUUUGUACGAGGAGGUGCGUCAAGAGGGUACAAAUUCGGAAAACGAAACAAAAACGGAAAUAAACAAGAUACGAACAUAAAAUCACUUCUGUCAGAAGUAAAUUUAGUGGACAAUGAAAUACCACGUGAUGAUUAUAAGUUCACAGACGACAGUUUUAAUGAUUUUCAAAUCAAUCAUGCUAUUAAGCGACCCUUUGUAUUAGGAAAUUUUAAAUUCGGUAAGCGGGCAUCAUCUGAAAUGUAUCCGGAAAAUGACGAUGCAAUCUAUUUGGGGGAGCCAGGCUACGGCACUGAAGAAAACAGGCCUUUUGUGAUCAAUAGCAGACAACCAUUUAUCUUACACGGGUUUGAUUUUGUAAAACCGAGAACUAAUACUGACACAUCAUCCAAUGGAUUGAAAAGACCAUUAGUAUUAUCUAGUGGGUAUACAUUUGGACAAGGGCAACAAGAACAUGACGCUUACCUUGAGGAAAACAAAAGACCAUUUGUCUUAAGUGGAGGGUUUGGAUUAAAAAAACGUGGCGGAUCGCAUGAGCAAUCUUUAGAUAGCAUACCAAGGUAUGAAGAAAAUAGUCACAUUGUGAAAAGACCUUUUGUCAUGGGUGGUUAUGUAAGAAAAUGGAAACAACCAGCAGUCGUACAUAAAAAUUUCAUUGAAAGGCAUCCAAUGUUUAUAGGAAGUGGUUUCCGGUUUGGAAAGCGUGGACAUUGGGAAGGACAAGUUGAUGGUUUAACUAGCAAUGGCAUAAGAUCAUUAGAGCCUAAUGACAUAGCUAGCCUUUCAGGAAUAAAUGAAAAUAUACAGAAAUCCCCGAUAGUUUUAGACAAUAGUUAUCAGGUAGAUAAUAGACCAUUUGUUAUAUAUGGUGGCUAUCGCAGGUAUACGAAACGACCACAUAUUGUUAGGAUUUCAUUGAAACAACGAGAUAUACCAAACACAGAUAUAAAGCGACAUCAUGCAAUGCUAUUUCAAGGAGAAAGCCAAUCAUUUCCUCUUGAAAUCACACAAAAAGAGCCGUUUGGUAGGACCCAAGGAGAACUAUUCCAGGAUAUACCAAAACGAUCAUUCUCUUUUCGGAAUGAUUAUCUCUUUAGUAAAAUCCGUAAUGAUGCAAAAUCAGUUUAUAGACAGCAACCAUUCGACCAACAAAUACGUGCUGAAAAAUCGUCAAUCUCAAAUAGUCCCGAAGACAGUAUAUACUUUCAAUCCGUUAAGCGACCAUUUACAACCAGCGGCAACUAUAAAUCUAGAAUUGGUAAAAGGCCCUUUGUCCUAAGUGGACGUCGAAUGAGGUACAAAUUUGGAAAGUGAUUUCAUUGAAUAAUAUAUUGCUGGUUUUAAAAGAAUACUGUUUCUUUAAUGAAACCUUACAUCUUUUGUAUUUUGUAAUAGUCCAACGAUGCAACAAAGGACAAAGGACUUCGCUGAAGAGAUUUAUACGUUUGGCGAUUUCAAUCCAAGCACUUUUAAUAAAUACGCCUUAUCUGCUCUGUAUGUUCUUGUGUUUUUUUCCUUGUUAUAGUAUUGUUAUUUGAUAUUUAAAGAUUAUUUUUUUUUAUGAUUAUUCUUGUCAAUAUUAAUAUUAAUUUGAAUUUAUUUGUAUUUAGUGAAGUUGAAAUUCAUGUGAUAGAUGCAUACUGGUUUGAGCAUUUUUGUUGUCGACAUUAUAGUAAAAUAUAAAGGAGUAAACUCAUAGUUUUACUUAAUAGUUUUGCUAUACUCUUUUCCUUCCUUCAAAUUUAUAAAAUUGGAAGAUGUGGUAUGAGUAGAACUCUCUCUCCAAGUAAUGAUAGGUAAACAACACAAACAAAAUAGAUAUCAAAGGUACCAGACUUGUAAUUUAAUAAACAAGACGCGCGUUUCGUCUACAUAAAGCCUCAUUAGUGACGCUCAGAUCAAAAUCCAGUCUUCAACACGGAGUCACACCGUACAGUGCCCCAAAAUAACUAGUAACAAUUCAAACAGUAACACCAAUCGUCUCGUCUAUAGAAAACAAAGAGAAACGAGAAAGACUUAUGAAUCUCAUCAACAAAUGACAGCAUAAUGAAAAAAAGUAAAAUCACAAAUAUAAUGAACUUCGAGGAAAGACGGCAGGUUUUUGACUUAGAACAGUCGCAAGCAAUUACAGCCGGGUUUUGACACUACAAGCAUGGUUUUGUUUUUAUCUCUUUGCCAGUUUAUAUGUUAUAUUCAAAAUACCGAGACAAAAACGCGGUCAGUGUGGUACAAAUAUUCUUGCAAAUUUUCACUUUAUCACUUCUUCAUUAGUAAUUUGCUUCAAAGAUUAAAAUUUUACUAUCUUAAUUACAUUUCAUUUUUGUUUGGGCAAAUAAAUGUACCUUUUCUAUAAAAAAAUAAUUACUGUUAGCCCACGAAGAAGCUCAAUGAAACUUACAAUAUAUACUUUGUAAAAAAUGUUCCUUUUAUGGUGACAAAUGAAUUACUUGAAAUAAAAUAAGAACUUACAAACAAUUUUAAGUAAUGCAUAUAGUUUUUAGAUAAAAAGUUACAAACAACAAAUAUGCCAAAAUAAUAAUUUGUGAUAGUAUGCUCGCUAUUAAACGUGUUUGAUAUAGUAAACAGCAUUAAGAAAAAGAACAUGUCAUGUAUGCCGUAAAGAGGUCAGAGAUGAAUUCCAUUUAUCAUAACAUGUACAGAUCUUCAUAAACCUGGAAUAAGAAUGAAUGAAUAAAUAAAUAUUUUAAAUGUUUUUUUUUGUUAACUUUGUAUUGGAGACAUGUUGUCGAAAUAGUAUCAAUAUAGAUAUAAAUAUAUUUUUUUGUAAUGCUACAUGCAUAUUUUUGUAUUGUUUUCUGUUUAUCGUUUUCUUAUUUAUAUGUUUGUUUGUUUGUUUGAUUAUUUAGUAACAAUCCUAUUGUGUGGGUUUUAGACUAAUAAAAUUCUCAUUGUU